AUGGAGGCUUGGACUCAGAUGACAGCAGCAGAAGUCAAGAAACGGGCAGAUUUGGAAAACGCACAGAACUUGGCGACCGAUGAGAUUCCCGUGCGGGGACAGACAAGAGCCAAGCAGACAGAAAAGCAGCAAGUGAAUCACAGUCUGUGGCAGGUACUGGGAAGGGAACAGAGCGCGCUGGGAGGAGACACUUUAACAAGGGUGGUUUCCACGAGGAGACGGCCGUUGAAGAUUGAAGAGGAGGUCUUUGCUGAGGGUCACGCUGAGCUGCGAGGCGCUUCGGGGGUGUCUUUAGGACUCAGCACCACGGCAGAAGACAUCAAGACCAAAGUCAAGAACGACCAGACCGCCCCUUUCGACAGCCGCUUCCCCAACCGGAGCCAGACCCGGAACUCCUGGCAAAACUACCUAGACUUCCACCGCUGUGAGAAGGCGAUGACUGCUAAAGGGGGUGAGGUCUCCGUGUGCGAAUGGUACCGGCGUGUGUACAAGUCCCUCUGCCCCAUGUCCUGGGUGGCAGCCUGGGACGACCGCCGGGCGGAAGGCACGUUUCCCGGGAAGAUCUGAACUGGCUCCACCCACCUCUCCUCCGUACUCCAUCCUUCUCCCAGGGCAGUGAAGGGGGGAC